AUGGAAAGAUGUUUUACAAUAACCGUAUGUGGAGCAAGUCGAGUAGGAAAAAGUACAUUAAUCAAUGCAAUCGUUGGUAAAGAAGUGGCACAAACCAGUGAUAGUUUGAAUUCAAACACGACAACACUCAAAGAAUACGUUAUAGAAAAACAAAGAGAUGAAAAUGAUCCUCGUUCGAAUUAUACAUUGAAAUUUUGGGAUACACCAGGAAUUGAAUCAUGGACAGAAGAAGGUGUUCAAGAGUAUUUUGCGGCAUUGAUGCAAAGAACAAUGCCAGUUUGUAUUAUCUAUUGUAUUUCACCUUCAUCGUUUGCUGAUUUGGGACGAGUCAAAUGGUUUGUCGAACAAUGUAUGACAAGAAAUAUAUUCGUUGCAUUGGUUUGUACGAAUAUGUAUUCGGGAAAUCGACGUUCACAGAUUAUGGAACAAUUUACUAAAUUGUUAAUCAGUAUUAAUCCAAAUUUUGUACGAUGGAAACAAGAAAAUAUUGAAUAUUUCGAAAACAAAGCUUUAUGUACAAUGGUAAAUAGUAAACAAUACAUUGAUGAAGAUUUCGGAAUUAGUAAAGAUCCAUCAGGCGUUAAUGAACUGAUUGUUGGAAUUGCACAAUGUUUAAGUGGUGAACAACAAUUGUUUUGGCUCCAAGCAGUUGCAGGAAAUCAAAACUUUUGGUCAAGAAUGGGUUCAUAUGUCAAUUCAGCUUUUCGAAUACCUUCCGACACUUUAUCGAGUGUUACUAAUCGAGCAUCAACUGUUGCCAGAUACUUUCUCUCAUGGUGUCCAUCAACAAAUAGUGUAGUUGAAAAUGAAUCUCGAUCGAAUCGCAAGAGGAAAUUGUAG